GAGCAUCGGCAGCGCGCACUCCGUGAGCCUGAACUCGCCGUGUUUUUUAAAACGACAUUCAUCCACUUCGGUUUUUUUCGUUCUCCCUGAUUUUUUCGCUAAAAAUGUGAUAAGAUAAGAAACGAAUCGACGUUUCAGUUGUUGUCGAGCCGUACGUAAAGGUAAAAUUUUACUAGAAAUUGUGAGUGAAAAAAAGUGCGAGUGUUUUGAAAAAAAGGGAUUUUUCUGAGGGAAGGAAUCAUGACAACCGUCGAGUUAUAUUCAAAGGGUGCAAGAGUAUGGAUACCUCACAGCGAAAAAGUUUGGGAAGGUGCCACAUUAUUAGAAGACUACAAACCAGAAAAGAAGACGCUUGAAAUACAGACUGAAGACGAUCAAGAACUGAAAACUCUACCACUGAAAUCUGAAAAGGAUUUACCAUUCCUGAAAAAUCCCGACAUACUAAUAGGCGAAAAUGAUCUCACCUCUCUCUCAUAUCUGCACGAACCUGGCGUCUUGUAUAACCUGCAGGUCAGGUUUUGUCAACGAAGAGAUAUUUAUACAUACUGUGGUAUUGUUUUGGUUGCCAUCAAUCCGUAUGAUGAACUUCCAAUUUACGAUAUUGACACUAUCCAAACGUACAGGGGACAGGCUAUGGGCGAUUUGGAUCCACAUAUUUUUGCUGUGGCGGAGGAGGCCUACACCAAACUGGAACGGGAGCAGAGAGACCAGAGCAUUAUCGUUUCUGGAGAGAGCGGUGCCGGAAAGACCGUUUCAGCUAAAUAUGCCAUGAGGUAUUUCGCCACAGUCGGUGGAAAUGCGACAGAAACUCAGGUGGAAAGGAAAGUACUCGCCAGUAGCCCUAUAAUGGAGGCCAUCGGAAACGCAAAAACAACGAGAAACGACAAUAGCUCACGAUUUGGCAAAUUCAUCGAGUUACAGUUCAACAAACAAUUUAAUAUAAGCGGAGCAUCUAUGAGGACAUAUCUCUUGGAGAAGUCGAGAGUGGUGUUUCAAGCUCCAGAUGAGCGAAAUUAUCAUAUAUUCUACCAGUUGUGCUCAGCCAGAGGUCGACUUAAACAUUUAUUCUUGGAUCACCAAGAUAAAUUCACUUACCUGAAUCAAGGCUCCAGUCCAAUUAUACAGGGUGUGAACGAUUUGGUUCAGUUUGAAGAAACGGAGAAUGCCCUUAACCUCUUAGGAUUCUCCGAACAAGACCAGGAGAAUAUGUUUAAAAUUCUUGCGGGCAUCUUGCAUCUGGGCAAUAUUGAAUUCAAACAGUGUCUAAUCAAAGUGGAGAACGAACAGGAUCAAGAAGGGUGUACAAUUCCAAAUACCGACAAGCAUCUUAAAAUAAUAGCUGAUCUACUGGAACUUGACGUCCAAGAGCUAAAACAAUGGCUAGUUACCAGAAAGAUCGUGUCCAUGCGAGACGUGUAUUUCAAGCCCAUGACAACCGAAGAUGCCGCCUUCGCCAGAGACGCUUUGGCCAAACAUGUUUACGCGGAACUAUUCAACUGGAUCGUCAUGGUGAUCAAUAAAGCUUUGGUGUCGGACAUAGCUAGUCACAAGUUUAUUGGGGUUCUGGACAUUUACGGAUUCGAAACGUUCGAAAGCAAUUCAUUCGAACAAUUUUGUAUUAAUUAUGCAAACGAAAAGUUGCAGCAACAAUUUAACCUUCACGUGUUUAAACUCGAACAAGAAGAAUACAUAAAAGAAGGGAUAGAGUGGAAAAUGAUCGACUUUUACGAUAAUCAACCUUGCAUUGAUUUGAUCGAGGCAAAGUUGGGAGUGCUGGAUUUGUUAGAUGAGGAAUGCAAGAUGCCCAAAGGUAGUGACGCUUCCUGGACCGAAAAACUCUAUUCAAAAUGCGCGAAAUACUCCCACUUUGCUAAAAGCCGAUUCGGCCGAUCCAGCUUCAUCAUCAAUCAUUUCGCCGACAGAGUGGAAUAUGAAAGUAGCGGUUUCCUGGAAAAAAAUCGCGACACAGUCAUCGAAGAACAAAUAAGCGUAAUUAAGGCUAGCAAGAAUCCAUUUAUUCAUCGGCUCUUCAGCGGCAGCGAGUCCCAAAAACUCCAAGUGUCCAACGUGAAGCUCAAAGUGGUAUCCGCUAAAAUCGAACCUGGAUCGAAGAAAUCGCAUAAAAAAUCCGUCGGCUCUCAAUUCAGAGAAUCGUUAAGCGCCUUAAUGACCACACUGAAUGCUACGACACCUCAUUACGUCCGUUGUAUCAAACCUAAUGAUAGUAAAACAGGUUUUGAAUUUAACCCCAAGAGAGCCGUGCAACAACUGCGAGCGUGCGGAGUAUUAGAAACAAUCAGGAUAUCAGCAGCUGGAUAUCCAAGCCGUUGGAACUAUUUAGACUUCUUCUACAGAUACAGAGUGCUAUGCAGAUUUAAGGACAUUAACAAAAACAGCAUGGAAAAGACCUGCGAAAAUAUUCUAAAGCUGCAUAUAAAAAAUUCCGACAUGUACCAAUUUGGAAAAACAAAAAUUUUCUUCAGGGCUGGGCAAGUAGCUUACUUGGAGAAACUAAGAGCCGAUAAACUAAAAAAGUGCUGUAUUAUGAUGCAAAAGACAAUCCGGAUGUUCAUUGCCAAAAGAAAGUAUCAGAAACUAAAAAAAUCCGCUUUGUUAAUACAGAAAUAUGGAAGAGGAAUUUUAGCAAGAAGAAAAGCUGAGGCGAUAAGAAGGGAAAGGGCAGCUAUCACUAUCCAGAGAUACGUCAGAGGAUGGAUAACACGACUGAUAUAUCGCAAGAAACGUGAUUGUAUUUUAGGUAUCCAAUGUUACGCCAGAGGAUUUUUGGCUAGAAGACGUUUUAGCAUCAUUAAGGAUAAUGCAAAGGCUAUUGUUUUACAAAGAUAUAUUCGGGGAUAUUUGGCUAGGAAGAGAUACGCAGUCAGAGAAAGAAAGAUUAUCGUGUGCCAAGCGGCAAUCAGAAGAUUCUUAGCAAGAAAACAGUACAAGCGGUUGAGAAUCGAAGCAAGAUCAAUUGAACACGUGAAAUCCCUUAAUAAAGGACUUGAAAACAAAAUUAUCAGUUUACAACAGAAAAUUGAUGAUCUCACAAAAACAAACACCGAACUUUUGACUUACAAAAAUGAUGUUAAAGAGUUGAAGAGCAAAGUAACCACAUUUAAGGCAUUGGAAAUUGAAGUGAAGAACCUCAAUAAUCUUUUGAUAGAAAAGAACAAAGUCAUAGAGAAAUUGCAAGAAGAUUUAGCUAUAGAAAAAGACGAAAAAAUCGAUCUGAUUAAUGAACAGGAAAAAUACCGACAAGAAGUAGAAAACCAAAGAUCGCACUGGACCGAAGAAACGGAAAAACUAAAAAAAGAAUACGAGAAUAUAAUCGAAAUGCUGAAAAUCAACGAAAAAGGUGCAGAAGAAGAUAUUAAGCUACGAAUGGAGGAAGAAAAGAACGAAAUACAAACAGAAGCAGAUCAAGAGAGACAGGCCUAUCAAAAAUUAUUGCAAGAAUAUCAUUCGAUGGAGCAACACUGCGAGCAAUUAGAGAAGCAACUUAGUCAUUACGUUCAUAGUAAUCAUAAGAGGAACGUCAGUGACAUUAGUGGUAUAUCUACAAUUGAUAUUAGCGAUCUUCCCGAGGAUCAUGGGUAUGGUUCUGUCAGAUCGACUUCAGGGAAGAAUAGGGAAAGGGUGGAAGAUUUUGAUUGGAAUGGUACUAAUGAAAAUCAAACACCCACAACUUCCACCAGUGAUUCAAAUGCUAAGUCUGAAUUGGAAAGCAACGUAGAUAUAGGAUUAGUGUUAAAGUUGCAACAUAAAUUAUCAGAAGUAGAAAGGGAAAAAAUGCGUAUUCAGGCUCGUUUGGAUGAAUUAGAUCUGUCGCCAAGGAUAGAAAGAGCUGAAAAUGCAGCCAAAGAUGCCAUAAGAAUAUCCGAACUGGAGUUAUGUAAUGCCAAUUUGAAAACGCAACUCUUAGAACUUCAAAAUAGCGUUAAUGAAGGAACUGGCUUAUCGAAAUUGCACGAGCAACUACAACAGAUGCAACUAGAGCUGGAUAGAAGAAGCGAAGAAGUUGUGCAGCUGAAGAGUGUCUUAGCCAACCAAACUGAUAACAUGAAAUCCAUUGUAAACUCCAAUAAUCGAUUGGGUGCUUACAUUAAUGAAGAUGGAGAACUAGCUCUGGCUUACGAAACUCAAAAAACUAUCAACAAACAACUGGAACUAGAACUGCAAGACGAAAAAGCUAAAUAUAAGGCUCACGAGCGAGAGUACAAAAUGGAAAUAGAAAAAUUGCGCGAAGAUAACGAACGCCAACAACGAAUAUUAUCAGCUAAUCUGACCAGUACUCCGCAAUCGCAAAACGAAAUGUUUAUGCAACAAGAAAUCACCAGACUGACCAAUGACAAUUUGGCUCUGUUGGAUAAAAAUGACCUUUUAGUGGAAAAGGUUAGGAAACUGACUAAGCAGCUCAAAGCACUCACCAAGAAACUGAAGGAUGCACCUAUAGAUGUCGAAGAUGUUCUCAAAGAAGUUGACACGAAGCAAACACCUGCUCCUCCUGGAAGAAUGGAACCAUCUAUCAGAAAGAAAGAUAGAGAAUAUUUGGGAAUGUUCUCAUACAGAAGCGGGGAAGAAAAUAAUAUCAUGAAGCAUUUGGUGAUAGAACUAAAACCACGAACAGCUCUAGCAUUAUUACCAGGAUUGCCUGCUUACAUUGCUUUUAUGUGUGUCAGACACACUGACUAUAUUAAUGACGAAGAAAAAGUUAAAGCUCUGUUACAGACGUUUAUUAGUUCAGUGAAAAAGAUCAUCAGAAAGAAACAUCAUGAUUUUGAAACAACCACCUUGUGGCUAGCUAAUGUUCAAAGAUUAAAGAAUUGCAUGAAACAAUAUAGUGGAGAAAAAAGAUUCCAGAAACAAAAUACUCCAAGCCAGAAUGAGCAAAGUCUAAAAAAUUUUGAUUUGUCUGAAUAUAGACAACUACUGUCUGACACAGCCGUUUGGAUAUACCAAGCAUUAAUCAAAAACUUUGAAGAAAAGAUUCAACCGUUGAUAGUGCCAGCGAUUCUAGAACACGAAGAGGUACCCGGCAUGAGUGGCAAACCAAGCGGUUUAAGAAGUAGAGUUGGAAGUAUUUCUAGUCCGGUGGGAAGUGCCGCCAAUCAAAAACCCACAACAGCAUUGAUUCAAGAACUAACUAAUCACCACAAGAUUUUGGUAUUCUAUGGAAUAGAUCCCGAUUUGAUUUCAACAAUCUUUAAACAAGUAUUCUACUUUAUUUGUGCGUCCAGUUUAAAUAAUUUGUUGCUCCGGAAAGAAUUGUGCCAUUGGUCAAAAGGUUGUCAAAUUAGACAUAAUCUGUCGCACUUGGAAAUGUGGACCAGAGAUCGAAAUCUAGAUGAUGCACCUAUACAAGCUACUCUACAACCAAUCAUACAAGCUGCGCAACUACUACAGGCUAGAAAAACCGAUACUGAUGAAGACGUCGAAAAACUGUGCGAAAUGUGCCAUGCUUUAACUCCUUUACAGAUAUGCAAAAUUCUAAACCUUUACACGCCCAUGGAUGAAUACGAUCGAAUUCAGUUCUCGUUCAUACGAAAAGUUCAAGAAAAGUUACAGAGUAGGCAUCAAAGCCAGGAACAACAGACUUUACUUAUGGAUGUAAAAUAUAAUUUGCCAGUGACGUUCGGCUACAACCCUUCAGAUAUUCGUCUAGAAGAGGUGGAAAUACCAGAAUGUCUCAACUUGCCGAUGUUAGAAAAAGUUUAAUAAGGCUCAAAAUUUGCUUUUCAAUAAAGAUUAAGAUUAAAUGAUAAAAAGUAAAUAAAUAUUCAAAAAAUAUUUAUUAAGAAAUAAUCUAUCCCUGCAAAAAAGUUUAAUGCGUUUAAAAAAAUGUAAUAACUAUUGAAUGUCUGCCUUAACUGUUAAAAUUCUAGAUAUUUAUAUAUAAAUAAAUUUAUUUAAUUUAGAUAUAUAGAUAUACCUAUUUAUUAUAAAUAAUUUAUUAAAUUUUAAUUUACAUAAAUUACCAUUUGUUAUAUAGUCAAUUAUUAAAGAGAUAUAUAGAGAAAAUAUAUAUUUUAUCGUUCAUUAGUCUGGGUCCAAACCUGUCAGUAACGGGUCCAACAUUUUCUCAAAAACAAAAUUUAAACAAUAGUACAAUAAAAUAAUAUCUGCAAUGAUUUAUAAUAUCUAUGGAAAGAUGGACCCCAUAAGACGUAUGAACUAUAUUCUGUGUGAUUUUAGCUGUGCCUCUUCAAUCGUUAAGUUUCGUAGAGAGAUUUGAAGAUAUUUUAAAAUUUAAAUAUGUUACUCUGUAAAUUUUUUAAUUUGUAUAUAUUGUUACUAAGGAUAUAUUAUGUAAAUAUAUUUUUUCAGUUACCUGUUGUAAAUUAUGAGUAUUCUUUUAUUAAGUUCUAGUACCUAAUUAUAAUAAGAAGAAUA